AUGAUGAACACUCGGGGGCGUUCUCUGGUGGGUGUGAGAGCGUGGAACUUGUUCUCAGGACUAUGCAUUCGCCGACCAACUGUAGUGACCCCCGAACUGAACAAACUGGAACAAGACACCUUGGAUAUGCUGGCUGCUGUUGAGUUUGAGAAAAGCUGUUUGUCUGCACACGAAUAUAGAAACCAACUGGAGCAAGCACGUCUAACAAGCGCUUUGAAGAAAGGACAUUCGUUAUCGUCCUCUUCGUCGUCUUUGUUGACGGCUCACGAACAGGAACUAGAAUGGCAGUUGGAGACCAAGAAAUUCACUCCCCUCGAUAGAGUGACAGCUCAAGCGGUAAAUCGUGAAUCUACUGAGCGGGAGGUCCGUGGUUCGAACCCGACCUUUGCUUCUUUACCUCCCCCGUCUAGACUUGGGCAACCUGGCAAUAUUCCAGCCCUCAUGGCUGUCAAGUUUGCUGAAAGACAUCUUCCUUGUGAGUCAAAAUGCAACAUCAUUGGAAACGCACCUGUUGCGGUUCACGUGUACAGAUAUCGUGACAAGAGUUCGGGUAGUCGCUUUGGUGUGCAGAUGUACUUUUUCAAUGCCUUCGUCGAUCGCACAUGGCAUGGAGAACAGAUCAUAUCCAUACCCGGAGUGACUGACUUUGCAUGGAUUACUCGGGACGAUUUAGGCUCGUUCAUUUCAGACAAACGGCUCCUACGAGUGCUCAGGUCUUUCAUUCACGAAUACUAA